AUGCUAGCGUUUAGAAGAUCAGCCGCAAACGAAGCCAGAGAUCUUGCCACCGAGCCGUUCGAUCUUGCCACCGAGCCGUUCGAUCUUGCCAUCGCGGCGCGACCGCUUCUAGAUCCACGCAGUAUAGCUCUCGAGAGUGACAUGGCCCGUGCCACGUGUCCUUCAUCGGCAGCUGGCGGAUCGUUUCUCCCGCGCCUCGACCGGAUCCACAUAAACCGCGACGCGCAUUCCCCAGGUAUCGCCUUUCUCAGUCGCGACCGCCCCCGUCCCGCGCAGCAGCACGAGUUAGGGUCAUCCGCGUCCGCGCCGCACGGCUCUCUUCCGUUGACACUGCGGUGCUCGUGGAUGUGGGAGCAACCGAUUCAGUCAAGUCAACCGAGUCAACGGAGUCAACCGCGUCAACUGCUCGACUUGAAUCAGUCCACAGACGAACCGCCACUCUCGGUCCCCAUGCCAAAUCAGGGAGCGCAUCGUGCCGCAUCGUCACUCCCCUCCCGCCGCUCGCCAACGGCCUUGGCGCUCUCGUCGCAGCGCGCAUUCGCCCAAGACGACUGGGGGCAGGCUGUGCACUCGCCCAAGAAGCCACGUGGCAGUCCCGAGGCGAUCGGGCGGCAGGCGUUGGCUCUAGCGGUCAGCGACCGGGAGGAGGUGAUUUUCCAGAGGCGGCGCGAACAGCGGCUGCGGAUUCUGGGCGGCUUGAGACCCGCGCUCGACGAACCGGCGGCGGCUUGCGCGGCUGCCGCUGCCGGCCCCGACGGGCAAAUCCCGCUGCUAGUGCUUCGCCAGGGUCCGUUCAGUUGCCGAAUAUCAAGUCGUGCUUGUAACGCGGAAAAGGCUAGUAGUCAGGGGGGUGUGACUGAAAUGAGAGUAAAGGGAUCAAUCAGGACAGGAGGGGGCGCGGUUGAGGGGGGCGACACAACCGCCGCCGGAUUCGCACCAGGGGAGGGGGGCGAGGGAGGCGCAAACGACGGGGGCGGCGGGGUAGGAAGGCAGAGCGACGAGGAGCGCAAUGGAGCUGGCGCAUUGGCGGAGCCGCGAACUCGGGGGUUGACAUUGGCGGUGGAAUUCCGCUCGACGAUGCGCGUGGAGGUUACUAGUCCGCACGCCGCCGCGCUCGCGUCGCUCGAUGCGCCCAAGGCCCUCCCGUUUCUCGCUGCGCCAUUUGCGCCGCUUCCGGCGGGCUGGAAGCAGCAAAGGCGCGUGCGAGCGCGCUCUGCCUUUGAAAGCCGUGACCUGAUUGGCGGUGGGGCGGAAGGCUUUCCCAGCUCCCCAGGGCAGGCGGAGAUGCUUGCGGAAGGCGCGUUGCGCUCGCCCGCGCGUGCGCGGGAAGCUACGGAAUGCGGAAAGCGCGCUCAGAAACGGCGGAAUAGCAGCGAAUGGGAGCUGUACGCGAGCGGGGAAGAGGCGCGCGGGGAAUGGGGGCGCGGGGAAACGGGCGGGCCGGCGGACACCGGGCGCGGCGGAAGGAGUAGCAGGGGCGGAGAUUCGAGCGUAGAGACUCGGCGGGAUGGCAGCUCUGUGCCCAUUCUGGGCGGCACACUGGCGGUGACCUGUGGUGGCCACAUGGGCAGUGAGAGUGGAGGGGUUUUGUCUUCUUCUGGGGUGGCUGGGGGUGCUGCUGGUUUCCCUCUGUGGGUGAGAAACAGCGAGGCAGAAUCGUAUCUGCACUCUGCCGCCCAACCAGUGCUGCUUGCUGAGAGUAUGGGGGAGUCAUAA